AUGAGUUUUCAGCUGUUUAAUUCCAAAACUUCAGACGAAACGCGACGUUGGAAGGGUGAAAUAAAGACAGGGCGCGCGAACGUUGACUACGAACAUCUGAACGACGCCGAACGAAAGCGAGAGUCAGAAGUCGUCGUCGGGCACAACGACAUCGCACUGCCGAAGGAGUACGACUACAAGUUCUACCAUCAUCACCAGCGCCAGGAUUUCGGCGUCAGCCACGAAAAAACAUCUGAAAGCAUGCCUCGCUACGAAGUGCAGGUAGUUCUUACUUCUUCUCCUCUCAACUGAAAAUGAUCUACUUUCGUGAAAAUAAAUAAAAACUGCUGAAGGAAAACUCACGAGAUUGCUGACUUUUCCGCAGCUUUUUUUGUCAACUGUUUAGAGAUUUUAAGAGUAUUUUUUUUGCACUUUUUUGUGCGAAGAAUGAGUUUCGUAGUUUCGUCUUCACUCGAUAAUCAGUUAUUCCGUUUUCCCCUUUUAUAUACUUUCUUUUUUUCACCAAUCCAUAAUUUUUAACGAGUUGUUCGGUGGUCAUAAUUUUUAUAGGAAUAAUUCUUGCGGAAUUUGAAAAAUGAAUUUUAAAUCAGCGCCUGAAAAGCGUUUUAUGAAAGAAAUACUAACUUUUCUAUCUUUCUAUGCGGUAUCUCUCCUUUUUUUCGUCGUUUUGAAAUCCCCAAAAAGCGGUGCCGAAUCGGAUUUGGUCCUCUCGGUGAGGUUUCAUCGACUAGAAUCGCACUAGCCCCCGUCAGAGGACCAUGCCUCGUACUUUCGUAUACUCCAUUUCAAUGAGAAGCCAUCCUUCUGACGAGGGGAACAGUCCAGGGGAAGCCGCGAGACCUUCGAGUCUCCCGCUGAUAAGCUCAGACCCGCCUGUUCCGGCUCGACGGCGCCUCACCAAUUUGCAAUCUGAAACAUCUGAACCACGACCCAUUCUUUUAAAACCAUUACGCCCGGUCAGCCAACCAAACAUCAGUACAAUAUCGAAACCCAGAGUGGAAUUCGGCCAACAUUUACUCCGCGAAACAGCUUCUUCUGCACUUUGGAAGUCUUCAGAAGAACCUUCUCCGUCCCGAGAGAAACUUGAUGCACUUGAGGAAAAAAUUUCAGAAGUGAUAAGUCGAAAAAUAAUUUUUUGAAACUUUAAUACUUAUUUCGUUCCUUUCGAAGUUUUGAAAAAAAAUGAGAAAAGUUUCAGGUCCGAGUGCCGAAUGUGAAGGGAACUCCUACAGGCGCCGUUCCAAGUCCCAGGCCGGACCCCAACGAGGAGAAUUACGCCGACGAGACUCUCUUUUUCGAGCGAAGUCGCAUCAAACACUUGCAGGACGAACGAGUUCACAUCCAGAAAAAGACUUUCACCAAAUGGUGCAACUCCUUUCUCAAUCGGGUGAGCGAUUUUUUCUUUUCUCGAUAAUGUCUACUUCUUUUUUCUAUUAGUUGAGUUGUGAAUUCUGUCACAUGUAGCAGGUCUCGAUUUUUCGAAACGAGGAUUGUUUGAAAUAUCUCGAAAAAUCGAGACUAGACAAUUUCUGACGAGCCUUAGGCGCAUUUAAACAAUGAUAAUAACUACGAAAAAUUAUAUAACUUUAUUAGAAAUGUGAAAGUUGAAUUCACAAGCCUCAAUAUUACGAUUUAGAAACGAAUUUUUCAUUAAAUAUUUUUUUAUUUACAAAAUCAGUGAAUAUGUCUUUAUUUACAAAAUUGUCAAAUAUUUCUCCCUCUUAUUUCUCAGAAAUUUCUUUCAUGUAUGUCCCGAUUUUUAUAUAUAAAAAAAUUCUUUUAUUUAUGUCUCCAUUUUAUGAAAAUGGAUUCUCGUCCUGAAAAUUUCGAGACGAGAUCGAGAUCUCCAAAAACCCUCAUUUUGGACACCAGAAAAACCUUCACAGUCUCUGAAUGUAAAGUCUGUUCAGAUUUUUAAUGUUAAGCGCAAUGACGUCAUUCAAAAACACUCCGUGGAUAGCUCGCUCUCCGAUUGGUUUAUUGCACCCUUAGGGGCGGAGCUUGAGCGACGAUUUGACAUUCAAAAUCUGAACAGACUAUAUUUACGUUAAAGCAAAUUUAGUGCAUUUAACGGAUUUUGAGAUAAAAAAGUUGUGUGGGAAGUUUGGAAACUUCGAAUGGAAAUGAGAAGGAAAAAAGCAAAAUAAUUUUUCCAGGCGAGAUUGGAAAUCACCGAUCUGUUUGUGGACGUCGGAGAUGGAGUUGUUCUGAUGAAGUUGCUCGAAAUCAUCUCCGGCGAGAAACUUGGCAAACCUAAUCGGUAAGCUUUUUUGCUACCCCCUAUUAAUGUGUGUAACUCUUCAUUUCAGUGGACGAAUGCGUGUUCAAAAGAUUGAAAAUCUCAACAAAGUUCUUGAUUUUCUAAAGAAGAAAAGGAUCCAGUUGGAGAACAUCGGAGCCGAAGACAUACUCGACCGCAACGAGCGCUUGAUCCUUGGCCUUAUUUGGACCAUAAUUCUUCGUUUCCAAAUCGAUACGAUCGUUAUCGAAGUAAGUUUUGGUCAAUCGAGUUCAUAGGCAAUUUCGGAAAGGGUGGAUAAUACAUGGACAUUUUCUUUUUAGGAUGACAAAAAUUCCUUUUUUGCUCCCUUUUUGCGCCAUUUCAUCGUAUCGUAUGCACCAUUUUUGCUGUCUCGCUUUUUUCACCACUUAUCGAGCUUUUAAAGUUCUAGUAUAAAUGGAAGGACUCUUUUUCUUGCAUUUUUGCUGUCUUUUUUGAGGUUCUUUUAGCGGCCAUAUCCACCAAACCGACUUUGUUCGAGCUGUAACUUCUGAGCUCAAAUUUUUGAACUUUUUUGGGCAUUCUCUAACGCGUCGAUUUCGAAAUCGCCGAAAUUAUUUUACACGGAAUAAAAGUGAAAAGUUAUUGAAAAAUUUCCAGAAAAGAAAGAAAAGAAAAAAUUGAAAAUAUGGUGUUUCCGCCAAAAAGCCUCGUCGCGAACGCAACGCGUUACCCUUGCCAAUCUACCCAUCUCGCCUUUUUUUUCGAAGAGCAGGAAGGCGGAUACUUAUAACUUUGAAAAUUCCGACAGAAAAAGCUCUCGAAAAUACUCUUCUACAGGACGAAGAGGAACGAGGCGAACGUAAGCAUGCGAAAGACGCGCUGUUGCUUUGGUGCCAGAGAAAGACGGCUGGUUAUCCGAACGUCCGGAUUGAAAACUUCACCACGAGUUGGCGCAGUGGACUUGCUUUCAAUGCACUCAUUCAUGCCCAUAGGUUUGUUCGAAAAAAAAAACCGACGGCGAAGUUUCCGGCUUUUUUUCUGGAUAAAAUCUUCGUUUUUAAAAUCCCUGUAUAAUAUAGGUAGUUGAUUCAUGAUUAAAACAACGGGAAAGGAAAAAAAAUGUUGAUAGAUCUUUUAAAAACCGAAAAUCAAAAGGGGAAAAAGGACUAGUCGAAAACGUCGCAGUCGGAAAGUUUCCUAGCAUUAUGAAAAAAUCGGAGAAGUCAACCUUCGAAAAUUUGCUGGCUUUUUUUUCAAUCCUUUUUUUCAUCCGAAGUCAUUGGAGGCGUUCAACUUCUUCAUUUCGUCAAACUUUGUUCUGAUUUCAGGCCGGAUCUUGUCGACUUUGACAAACUCAACCCGAACGACCACAUCGGAAACCUCAACCACGCAUUCGAUGUCGCUGAGAAGAAGCUCGAAAUUGCGGUUUCACUCGAAAUUUCCGUGGCCCGACUCUUAUGAUCGUUUUCAGCGUCUUCUCGACGCAGAAGACGUUGAUGCAGCUCGACCCGACGAAAAGUCCAUCAUCACCUACGUCUCCCUGUACUACCAUCAUUUUGCGAAACAGAAGACGGAAAUGACUGGUGCUCGACGAAUUGCCAAUGUAGUUUUCCUUUGUAACCGUCGAUUUCGAUGAGUAUUUUCAGAUUGUCGGCAAGUUGAUCGAAAGCGAAACAAUGGAGGACGACUACAAACAAAUCGCUUCGGAACUGCUUGCUUGGAUACGCGAGACGAUCAAAAUGUUGGAAAACAGAAGGUAGAGAGAGAGAGUCUCUUCCUCAAACGACGAAACCACUCGAUUUUUUUUAAAGAUUUCCAAACUCUUUGAAUGGGAUGCGUGAAGAACACGCCAAAUUUAACCAGUUCCGAACCACGGAGAAGCCACCCAAGUAGGUUCUGAAGGUAUUGCAAUAGUUUCAGUCAAUUUUCAGGUAUAAGGAAAAGGGCGAGCUCGAAGCCUUGUUCUUCACGAUCCAAACGAAGAGAAAGGCCAUGAGUCGCAAUCAGUAUGCGCCUCCGAACGGUAGGAGUCUCGAGAGAAGAUAUCAAAUAUCUAGACUUCCUUGGCAUAACGUGAAAACCGAAAGAAACACUUGUACAGGGAAAAAAAAACCUUUUCGCAGUGGGAAUUUGAUGAAAAGCUGAAAAUAGAAAAUAUCUUUUGCUCCAACAAGAAAGCUCAUUUUUUUUAUAUGAUUGAAUCUUCUCUAAAAAUUGACCAGAAUAUACCUUAAUGCACCAGAUGAAGGUACGGAAAGUAUCAACCUGCACAACUUUCGAUUUUUGAAAAUUUUUGAAAUUGAAGCAAACCGUCAAAAUGAGUUAAGAUAGGUUUUUUUUUCGGUCUUUAAGCCAUUUUUUUGAGUCUGAAGCAAUUUUCAAUUUUUUGCGUUCUAAAGAAAUUUUUUUUCUGUCCGAUGAACACGCCAUUAAUCGUUUAGGUCUUUACAUGCACGACAUCGAAACAGCAUGGACUCAGCUGGACAGAGCGGAGAAUGAGAGACAAAUUGCGAUCAUUGCCGAACUGCAGCGACAAGAACGCCUCGAACAGCUGGCGCAACGCUUUCACAAAAAGGCCAAGCUCCGUGACACGUGGAUCCGGUCGGUUCAGGCGGUCCUGGAGGAGAUGGAGCAGGGUCGGACGGCGAGCGAAGUCGAGAAGUCCUUAAAAAAGCAACAAGCUAUCUCCACCGACAUCCUUGCCAGGGUCAUCAUUUUAUAGAUCUAGUAUUUGGAAAAAUAGAGAAGCAGGCGAAGAUGGAAAAUCCGAAAUAAUAGACUCAAAACGACCUUUAACUAAAAGAAAGAAGAACGACCGGGAAAGUUUUUUCUCUUUAGGGUUUUGACGUUUCAGUGUAUUUUAUGAUAGUCGAUAUAGCGGCCACCUAAGUGACCAACUUCUAGGGGUUUCAUUAGAAGUUUAACUGUUACCACUAGACCACUAAAAACUACUGUAGUGGCCACUAAGAUGCAAAAUAGUGGCUUCUAUAAAGGUUUUUUUGUGUCCUCUCCAAGCUGUCUCCUCUUAAGUGGCCACUGAAGCUUUUCCCAGUUUAGCUGAUGCGAUUAUUUGAUUAGUUUCUUGAAAUCACUCACUAGGGCUCACGUUUAAUCAGUGGUAGCGGACAAGAUGGAAUAUGGCUUCACAUUCAAUUUUUCUCUAGUUAUAUAACUUUCUUUUCUCUACAUUUUCAAAACUACAAACUCUAACUUUUCAGGAAGAUCGCUUCAAGCUUCUCACCCUGAUGUGCAACGACUUGUGCAACGAGCGUUAUCACGAGAGCGACCGUAUCCGUCUGACGGAGCGCGACAUCAUCGAGCGCUGGACGCAGCUGCUCACCCAGCUAGAACAACGUCGGAGAGCUCUAAUGAGCCUAAACGAGCUCAUGUCGCUGCUCAGGGACAUCGACACGUUGUCCAGUGAGCUCCACACAUUGGAGGUCACUAUACAUCUCUAUUUCUUAAUUUUUGAACCAAAUAGGUUGAACAGUCAUGACUUGUAAAAAAAAAACACAGCUGACGUGAUUUUAUCGUAAAAAAAAGUUACCCAUUUUCACUUUGAAAAGUUUUGAAGCGCGAAACUUUUAUAGAGUAUUUUAUAUGUGAUUACGGGGAAAAUUUGAUGAAUCUAUGAAGUUUUGGUCAAAUCUGAAUAUCUAGAUGAAGAUCCCUCAUAGUCGCAACCUGCUCAAACGGCAUAUUUGAGAUACUUGUUUUUAAACUUUGAAAAAUCAUAUUUCAAAAAUGAAAAAUUUGCGCAGGUAGCCACUUUGUGGGAUGCUCAUCUAAACCUUUGAAGAGUGAUUUUUUCAACGCCAAUAUCUUUGUUGUUCAGCCCGCCGUACGAAAUCGAGAUGUCGGCAAGCAUCUUCUCGGUGUUGAAGACCUCAUCGGAAAGCAUGAAAUCGUCGAAGCUCAAGUAACUUGGACGUCAAUCAAAAUCACUCACAUUCGAUGUCGAAAUUUCAGAUCAACGCUCAUGGUUCGCUUUUGGCAAAACUGUCGAAAGCGGCAAACGCGUACAUUCGACAAAAAGGCGAGAAGUUCGAAGUCCUUCAGAAGAAGCUGGACGAAGUUACAGCACAAUAUCACAGGUUGCCGCAUCCUUACUCAGUCCGAAAACAUGAUCUUGCAGUCUUGUGGAUUUGUGCCGCGCACGGCUGGCGGCGUUGGAACGAGCUCGAGCCCUCUUCCAGUUCGUGCAAGACCACGAAGAAGAAAUGGCGUGGCUGGCAGAGAAGGAGAAACUCUGCACGUCGGCUUUAGCCUCCGGAGACAUUUCUGUUGUUCCCCAAACGACCCUACUUUACAAAGUUCGGCUUGGCAAUUAUUUAUGGGGGAAAUUUGAUAGAUAGAGCCUUUUUCCUCUCUCGUUAUAUUUUUGGACUGACAUGAAAAUUAUUUUCUCCAAAAAAAAUGAAGGGGUAACUCGCUGUAAACCCCGAACAAAUUGAAAUUUUCGGUGCACCUCCGGAAAAUCUUCUUUAAGCUACCGUAGGGACUUAGAAAUUAUAGAAAGUUGACAUAUUAAGAAAAUACCAUUUCGAACUCGCCUAUGGAGUAAGUUCCCUAAUAGGCAUGUAAGGCAAAACGCGUGCACCCCUGACUGCGGUGUGCAUUGAAAAUUUAAUGAAAAGUGCACCGCUAUCAUUGUUAGAGAUAAUUUACGGUUGGCAACUUUCAAAUUUGGUACAGUAAGAAGAUUAUGAAAGCCGCAACCUGGACAACUUUUUAGUUUUCGGGAAAUUAAGGUUCGAAACAUCAAACUAGCUCAUUUUUAUGAGUCUGACAAACAUAAAUUAGAAGGUUACUCAAUUUAUCACGCUCUCUUGGUACCAUGAGGGUUUCUUUCAUUUUUUUUCAAAAGAUUUAUUAUAAAUUAUUUUAGAACAUUGAAAUGGAAAUGCAAGCCCACUGGACAAGAAGCAAAGGGAUGAUUUCAGCUGGGGAAAGGCUCAUUCAAAAUGGGCAAUCGAAAGACGAUAUUCAGGUUGAUUUUGAAAAAAUGUUUAGAGUAAUUUAAAAUACUCCAGAGGCGACUCACGACAAUGAACCAGAACUGGGAAAGACUCCGCGCAGUUGUGGCGGCCCUCGGGAACUGGCUGCAGGAGGCGCGGCAGGCUCAACAAUACUUCCAAGUAAUAUUGGAGAUCCUUUUGAGGAAUUUUCGUCAUCCCCUGCAAGUCAAUCAUUGAAGAAGUUAAACUUUCUCAGGAUGCGAACGAAGCGGAGUCGUGGAUCCGUGAGAAGAUGCCUCUCGUCAAGUCGGACGACUUGGGCCGCGACGAAAGCGCCUCGGAGUCGCUCCUCCAGCGCCACGCUCGUCUCGAGGAGGAAAUUCAUGCCUAUCGGUUCGAAUCGAAAGACAGAGUAGUUCAAAACCCAGCAAAUCGUUUCUAGCUCCGAUAUCGUGCGGCUGGAAGAGAUGAGCACUCAGUUGGCCAACAGUUCUUUCCAUUCGGCUACCGCCACCACAAGCACCACCGUCCAAGAAGUACUUUUCCGAAAAAUUACUCGAUUAUAGAAAAAUUUUCUUAGUUUUUAAAAUUAUUUCAACCGAGGUUUUUUCAGCAGAUUUUCUUUUCUGAAAUUUGGGCAUGGAAUUUUUUUUUCAUCUCGUAAAACGAUUACGUUCAGUGUUCAUUAACUCUCGUUUUCUCUACCUACUGGAGUCAUUUUUCUAGUCUGAUCAGAUUUUAAUUUCAAGUAGGAUGACGUCAUUCAGGAUGCUCUAUGGGUGAUUCGCUCUCUUAUUGGUUCCGUUAGGGGCGGAGCUUGAGCAACGACUUGACAUUCAAAAUCUGAUCCGCGCGAGGCGCUCAUGCCUUUGAAAAACAGCUCCAUAAAAAUGCGAAAAUGACAGAAAAAAACAAAGGUCUCGAAGCGAAGAGGUCAUUUUUGAUUUCAUUUGGUAUACGGUAUUUUCGACAUAAAAGAACGUGACAUGCUGGCGCGAAAUCAAACAACAUAGCAUUGAACAAAAAAAAGAGAUUUAGAAGAGAUUUUAGGAGUAGUCGUUUAAACAAAGGAAUUUUAUAAAUCUCAAAUUUCGAAUGUUGCGAAAAUAUUUGUGAGCAGGUAGAGAAAGUAAAGUUGAAGUAAAUCAAAAUUUUUCUGCUGAAAAGCUCAUUUCAUCUCUAUUGUAGACGGAAGAUGUGACAGUGCCACAAAUCGAAAUGAUCUACAAGUACGACGGCAACGGAAUGCGAGUCGGCAAAGGCGAAAUUCUCGCACUGCUCGAAAAAUCGACACCCGAGUGGUGGAGAGCGUUGAAACAAGACGGAACAGAAGGCUACGUUCCAGUCAACUAUUGCCGGAUCGUUCCUGGAGAAUCUGUAAGGCUGAGAAAAAGAGAAAGUUAGAUCGACCGCGUCUUUCAGGUGACGGUCACCCAGACGACCACGAGAAAGACGACGACAGAUGCGGCGUUGGACGACAAGAAGAGCGCAAUCGUCGAGAGGCAGAAGAUCAUCUCGCACGACUACCGCCAGUUGAACAAGCUCGCUGAUGUAAGUCCUGCUUCUCGAAUACGUGAUUUAAAAGUGAACAUACGUGGGCAACUACCAAAAUCAAUUUAGAAGAAGGAAUUGACUUUCAAAAAUUUGUGAGAAAAAGAAGUUUAAUAACUAUUUUGAGCCUAUGAAGCCACCCAUGUUUCAAAUCAAUCAAAUCAAAAUGUUUUAUUUAUUACACACAAGUACUAAAAUUUAAGAAAUGUGGGAAAAAUGUGUUCGGAACUUGUUGCGAUUGUAUUAAACACCCAAUUUAAUAUAAAAUUGAAGUUACUUUAAAGUUGUUCUUUUAGUUUUCGAUUUUGUAAUAUUCAUAUUUUUGUUGAAUUAAAAGUGUUCAAUUCUGUAAUAAAUCUUCCCAUGUAUGCCAGUGAAAUAUAGAGCGGACCUUUUCAGCAGAAAUCUGGUUUCAGGUACGAAGACGUUUGCUAUCGGAUAACAUCAAGUUGAUGCGAUUCUACCGCGAAUGUGACGAGUUUGAAAGAUGGGCGGUUGGAGCCCAGGCGGUUCUGGCUGAUGAACCAAGUGUGGAGCACGUCGCCGCGUUCCGUAGGAAGGUCUUGAGCCUUUUUUCCAAUCGAGAAUGAAAUUAUUGUUUUUCAGUUUGAUAAACUAGACGCCGAUAUGAAGGCGAACGGCGGCGUGCAGUUGAAACGUAUCAACGAAAUGGCAACGGACUUGGUUGCCGAGGGCCAUAGUCAGUCUAGGCAAAUCGAGUCGAGACAGAAUAAGGUCCUGCGUGAAUGCUUUUCAAAAUGCUUUAUCAUUUUUUUUUUUGAUCUUUUUUCUUGAAGGGGAAACUACGAAUUUAAUUUUUAGUAGUAGUUUCUUGGCUAUUGCCAGACGCUAAUUUUUAGAGAGGGUAUAAAAAAAUUUUUCUAUAUAUAUUAGACAAAGUUCUUUUUCGCUACAUUCAAGUUGAAUUAAAUUCAAUUUUUUUAAGUAUCGAAAAAAAUCUUUCAAAAAAACAUUUUUUUGCUGGAUAGUAUCAGAUUUGUUAUUUUGUUGGCUUUUUAGUUUUUGAAAGAAUUAUGACCUGCAAGACAUUUCGCCUUCAGGUCAAUGCAAUGUGGGCCGAGUUGGAGAGACUAAGGAAACAACGUUCUCUACGCUUGGAAGCAACUGAACGCGUAGCGGACUUUGAUAACUCGUGUGACAAUGCAAGGUGAGCUUUUUGGGCGAUAAAAAAGAAUAGCCGAGAUUUAUAGAGAAUGGAUGCGAGGAAAGUUCGACCAGCUUGACCGUAACCCCAACGAUCUGAAGAGCCUUCAAAACUUGGAGCGGGAUUUGAAGCCGUUAGAAGACAAGAUCGCCUAUCUUGAAGGUCUUGCGGCCAAGGUUUCGCGCCUCCUUAGAGCUUCUGAAUUACUUUAUUUUUCCAGGUCCGGAAAGAUCAUCCUGAAGAGGCGGCAGUGAUUGAUCGCAAAAUAGCCGAACUUCGAGCCCUCCAUGGUGAUCUCCUACGUCGCGCCAAAGAGAAAAUGCAGCUGGCCGAGCAGACGCAGGGCAAAGAAAUGUUUGAAGCCGCGCUGAAAGACAUGAUGGGUUGGGUGGACCGAACCAAGAAGCAACUCGAGGAAGAAGUUCAUCCAGUUGAUGUAACUCAAGCCGAAGAUCUUCUGAAGAAACACUUUGAACUCGGUGAACAGAUCAAGGACAAGAAGUAUGAAGUGGAAUACUGCCAAGAGUUGGGCAGACGGCUGCUUCUGCGCAACCCGCGAUUGAAAGAAGUCGACGAGAAGCUGAAGCAUUUGCUCGAUGAAGUCAACGUUGUCAAAGAUAUGUACCGCAAUCGAAAUGCCCUUCUGAAACAACAGCUCGACCUGCAGCUCUUCAAUCGGGAAGCCGAAAGAAUCGACGCCGCCACCAAAGGUCAUGAGGCCUUCCUCGACUUCGGCGACCUCGGCGAUUCUGUCGAGUCCGUGGAAAACCUACUGAAACGACACCGUGAUCUUGAAGCCAAGCUAGACGCUCAAGAGGCACGCCUCGAUGCGUUCACUCGAAACGCCGACGACAUGAUCAAGGUGAAGCAUGCCGAUUCCGCCUACAUCGAUCAACGACGGAAAGACGUGAUCGCACGUCGCCUCGCUGUUCGAGCGGCGGCUGGCGAACGUCGACGUCGUUUGGAAGCUUCCCUAGAGUAUCAGGAGAUGCGCCGCGAGGCCGAGGAGAUGAUUUCCUGGAUGAACGAGAAGCGAAAACUCGUCGCCAUUGAAGACACCAACAGAGACAUCUCGUCCAUCUCGAACAAGCUCUUGAAGCACGAGGCUUUCGAAGCUGAGAUCGGAGCCAAUGCUCCGCGUGUCGAAGAAAUCAAUCGGGAAGGUUCUUCGCUCAUCUCCAAAAAGCACUAUGAAUCGCCGAACGUUGAACGCAUCAUGCGGCAGAUCAACACCGAGUGGACAGAUCUCAACAACGCCGUGGCUCUGAAGGGAGAUCGGCUCCGUCAGUCGGCGGAUCAGAAGGUUUUUUUUUAAGUUGAGGAUAAUGUUGAAUGAAUAAUAAUAAUAAUAAAUGUUUAUAUAAUUCACGAUAAAUGGCUUUCUCCCCUUUUUUGAAGUGUUUCUCUGUACGAUUUAUCUCCAAAAAAAGUUGAAAAAGAAUAUGAAAGAUUUGUCCGUCGAGUAAAAGUAUACAUGAUUACUGGUUCACUUUUCGAAACUUUCUUGUUUCUACUGUUCUCAGCUUGUGCUUUUUUUUACGAAGGAGAGCGAAUGAGGAAGGAAAAAUUAAAUUUUUCUUUCAGGGUCUCAACGAAGUUUUGGGAGACGCACAUUCGAAGCUCGACGAAAUAGAGGCUUCUCUGAAGUCGGAGGAUCAAGGACAUGACUUGAGAUCUGUGAAGGACCUUUUGCAGCGUCAUGCGGUCCUCGAACAGGAAAUGGGUCUCUACAGGAAGAAAGUCGGAUUUUUUGUUGUCGACUUUCGGUUUCAUUGAGAGUUUUCAGCUGGCCGAUAUCGAACAGCGAGGACAGCAGAUGAAAUCGGAAGGACAUUUCAACGCCGACCGAAUAUCUCGCACAAUCGGAGACCUUCUGCAAAGAUACGAUGGACUGCGCGGUCCGGCGGCUGAUCGACGCAAAGCUCUCGAAGAGUCGCGCCUCUGGCAUCAGCUCGCCUUUGACGUCGACUGCGAGUUGCAGUGGAUUGCCGAAAAGGUCCUUCAGAAGUUGCUUUUCAAAAAUAUAUGUUGUCAUUUUUUUUCCGUAUUUUUUUGAAAAUUCUAUCUCAAGCUAAUUGAUUCUAUUAAGAAGCCGAUUGCAUCGUCAGAAGACGUCGCGAGAACGCUAACUGAAGCCUUUAACAUCGUCAAGAAGCAGGAACAAUUGGAAGCAGAAGUAGGCUCGUUUAAAACUAUUCAAAAAUUCUCAUUUUUCAAGGUCCAACAACAUUCGGUUCACAUCGACGAAACUUUGGCUCAAGGCCAGAAAUUGAUUCAACGCGGACAUUCUGCCUCGAAGCAUAUCAAUGCUAAAAGCUCGGAGGUAGAACGGCAAACAUUUUUCUCUUCUUUUUUUAAUUGAUUAAAAUUGAGUUUUUGCAGCAAGUUUUCUAAUCCAUUUUCAGAACUUUCCUCAAUCAAUUCAACAUAUAGAGAAGGUGCAUUGCGUUUAACGGGUUCUUGGUGUGCGCAUAUAUAAUAUUGCUUUAAAGUUCUUUCGCUUGACUCAAGGCUUCGCUUUUAAAAACUAAAUUGCUCAAAUAACUAGUUUUAUUGUUCAUCAUUCAUAAGUAUCGCAAAAUGAAUAGACAGGCGAAAAAUAGUUACUGUAGACGAGAAUAGCUUUAAAAGAAAGCAUGAUUGCAGAUAAUGAUUAAAAUUUUUUUUAUCUAUGGAAUUUUAAAAAUUCAUAUCUACAAAACUAAAAGUUCACGCAAAUAGCCAAAUUUUUGGCUAUCAAAGAGUUUUAGAAAAAUUUAAAGAAAACUUUAUGAUGGCGUGUUCAUACGAGAAAUUGCUUCGAAAGGCGAAAAAUUGCUCCAAAACAAAAAUUCGUACUGUUUUGGAGCAACUUUAGCGUGCGAUGAACAUGAAUGUGCCUUUUGAAGCAUGUUCCGUUUUUCCGAUAGGAACGAAAAAAUUGACCCACUCGGCUGAAAAUCCAAUUGUUUUUGAUCUUCGAUUUCUAUGCUGCCUAAUGCUUUUGCUUGGAAAAGAUGCUUGGCGUCAGGAUUGCAACGAUAUAUAAAAUAGCUUCGAAGUUUCAGUUGACAACUGCCUGGGAAGAACUCAAAGUAUUGUUGCAAAGACGCCGCCGCGUUGUGGACUGGGGCGUCAAAGAACAACAAUAUUUGUUCGAUGCCGCUGAGGUGAACCUUCAUCUGUCAAUAAUUUCUUUUUAUUGUUCGACAGCUCUCACACAGAAACGGAAAUUUUCAUUUGAGGAUGGUUCAAAAAAAAAAAAACUAAAUACUCAGGUGGAGUCGUGGAUGAACGAAAAACGGACGGCACUCGAGUCGGAAGACUACGGAGUCGACGAAGUAUCAGCCAGAAAAUUACUCGCCAAGCACAAGGCUUUGUGCGAAGACAUGCAAACAUAUCGGUACUUUGACAACAUCAUUUGAUGAGAACAUUGGAUGAAUUGAAGACAAUGGCUUGAACGGCUCGCUGUGAAAUGCGGCGAGUUGAUCGAGUCCAAAAGGCCACACGUUGAUCGGUUCACGGGUCGUCAGGCGGAGUUAGAAAGCGAGUUUGAACGUCUGAGCAAACUUGGUUAGUUUUUAAUAGGAUUAAACCGUAGUGUAAUUUUUUCAGCGGAAGAUCGCCGCCGCGCCCUGGAAGACGCCGUCUGUUUGUACGAGUACAUGCGCGAAAGCGCCGAUUUGGAACAAUGGAUUAAUGAUCAACUGCAAACGGCCAUGAGCGAGGACUACGCCGAGGAUUAUGAACAUUUGAAGGUUUUUGAUGACUGGAACGCUCAACACACCUAUUUGAUUUCAGGAGUUGCAGUCCAAGUUCGAAGAGUUCAAACAGAGCGUCAAAACCGGCAGUGAGCGUUUCGUGUCUUGCGAAGCUGCAGCCAACGCGAUUCUCCGAAGAAACCCGCCGUUCUCCAGAGACAUCCUCAAGAAGCAGGAGAAGCUCAGAUCGGUAUGUUCAUUAGCAUCUCUCCUCGUUUCUGAUUUUCGGUUUUUUUUGUGCAGGUCUGGACACUCCUCCUGGACUACAUUGAAUCGCGAGAAACGAAACUUGGGGCCGCCGAAGAGCUUCAUCGUUUCAACCGAGACGUCAACGAGUUUGAGCAAUGGAUGGCUGACAAAAUUUCCAACAUGCCGCGUGAUCUGGGUCGCGACAUCAAGCACAUCCACUCGUUGUGGCAGCAGCACGAAGCUCUCGACAAGGAGAUCAAGAAUGCCGAGCCGCGACUGAAGAAGUUGCUCGAGGAGUCGUCGCGUCUCAAGGAAGCCUACCCUGGCGGCAACGCCGACCAGAUCGCCGCCCAACAGCAGAUGCUUGUCGAAGAAUGGGAGGAGCUACGAAACGCGACCGACGACCGCCGCGACAUGCUUCGCGCGGCUUACGACUUGCACACGUCUGUUUUAUCAUUUUCAGAAUUUCUACGAAAAUUAAGAAAAAAAAAACGACGCAAAAAAUAGGCUGAGAAAAGAUAACGAGUUUAAGUCGGAUUUUUACAAUACUGAGUACCUUUUUUUUCGCAACAUCCAUACGGUAUAGCGAUGAUGCAGGGGAGCAGUAAGACCAAGAAGUUGACUAACUAACCCAGACCUGUUGAGACAAGUAUUUCUGUUGAGUGAAAAAAGUAAUAAACAAUUUAAAAGAUAUCGUCGAGCCUUUAUUUGAAUUUUACACUGUGACUGUUUUUUAAGGUUCAACGGAAAGGUCCGAGAUUUGCUCUCCUGGACCGACUUGACAAUUAUGGAUAUCCAAUCGGAUUUGCAAAUAAACGACCUUCAACAAGCCGAAUGGCUUCAAAAAGAGCAUUCAAGGUAUUUUCGUUUGAAGAGAGAGAGGUAGAAAAUCCGUAUUCUAAGGUUGAGCAAUGAAAUGGAUGCGCGAGAGCCCGAAUUCGCGCGUCUAGUAGCCGAUGGACAGAAGAUGAUUGGAGCUCAACAUUACGCGACGGAAGAGAUCACCUCGAAAAUACGUCUGGUAAUGAGUUUCAGACUCGUCGAUACAUUUCCAAGUUUUCAGUUGAACUCAGCGUUGGAACGGCUUCGUAACGAAUGGGCCCUCAGGAAUGGAUACCUUUCUCAAGCGGUUCAGUGGCACGCAUUCCAACGCGAGGCCAAACAAAUAAUCGCUUCGAUCGGCAGUAAACGGACCACUCUCCGGUAAGUCCCUUUUCCGGCUAGAUUUUCGAGUCCGAGAGUUUAUUCAUUCCAGUCAAUGUAUUGCAUGUAAUGAAAUGACAUUAAAAGUUCUAGCCAAAAAUGAAUCGGAGUUAGUUUUGAACUUUUAAGAUCUUUUAUCUGAGUAAUAGCUUUAAAGAAAUUACGGAAGAAAAAUAAAUAAAAGGCUUCUUUUUUUUCCGAAGGUUGGUACCAUAAACUUCAAGAUUUUUUUUUUUUGGAUUCUUAGUGGUUAAUUUUCAGAUCAUUGGCUGUUGGAGGAUCUGUGGCAGACGUUGAAGGCCAAAUGAAACGGCUGGACACGUUCGAACGCGCAUUGAGCACCCUCGACGAGCGGACCAACGCUGUAGAUCACACAGCAGAAGAACUGGUCCGAUCGGGUCAUAUGGAGGCCAACAAUAUAAUUGUUUGGAGGAAAAAGGUAUUUUGCAUCUGAAUAUGCUUUUAUUAAAAUAUUGUCAGGGCAGUUCAGAAAUAAUAGUUUCAAAAUUUUCCUAAAGCUUCGUUGAGAAAAUUGUUCAAAGUGCGUGUCUCAACGUCUCAAUUUUUUUAAAAUUUCAUCAUCGCAGCGAAGAGAAAAAAACUUUUGUAAGAUUUUUGAGGAGUACUCGAUUAAAAACGAAAAAUUGAUUUUUGUAAUGUUCAGGAAGAAAAGUAUCACCAAAAUGUUCUGAAUAUUUGUUCUUUUGAACUGCCCUUCUCAAGGGAAAAAAUAGAGUCGCAAAAUGAUAUGAUUUGGAAAAUGAUUCAUUGUUCGUUUGAUUGAAAUUUGAACAGAUUACUUUGAUUCUCAACGAUUGUUUGAGGUCCACGACGAACUUGGUCACUUACGCAAAGAUAUAGACGUACGGCGUCAAGCUUUGAUCGGCGCCCUUUCUCUAGCUCAGUUUGAAAGUGACGUCGUCGAGGUUGAGACAUGGAUCGAAGAGAAAACGAUUGGGUUUGUAGACAUUCUAAGGUUUAACACAGUAAAGUUGAUGUGAACAGAAUCCGGAAGUCACGGGAUAUCUCAAGCGAAUCGAUUUCGAUCGAAGAGAAAAUGAAGCGGCUCCAGAAACAUCAAGCUCUCGAAGCCGAGCUGGCGGCCAACAAACAGCGGGUCGAAGAAGUUUUGGCCCGCGGCCAGCAGCUCAACGCCCAAAAUCCGUCUUCGCGGAUCACGCAGCGCUGCGAAAGACUGACGUCGCUCUGGUCGCAGCUCGUUGGAGCGAGUGCUGAUCAGUCGCGUGCUCUCGAAGAAGCGCGAGACCUUCUUCGAUUCAAGCAGCUUGUACGUUCAUUUUUUUUCCUGUUUAGAAGACAAAAUCCUUCGGAAAAGGUAUUUCCGGCGAUUAUGUGUGAAACACUCUGUUUGGCUCCCGAAUAAUUAAUUUUGAUAGGUGGACCGAGUACUCGCCUGGAUCACAGACAAGGAGAUUCUUGUUUCCAGUGGAGACAUGGGCCGUGACUUGGAGCACUGCAAGGUGCUUCUCGAACGCUUGGAUGGUUUUUCGUGGUUUUGAAGGAAAAUCAGUCAAUUUCUCGUGUCUAGGUACCAAGUCGGACACAUCGGUUGAUGAUCAAACUUUGGAGGAAAUCAAUCGUAUCGGUGAGAAGCUCAUCCGACAAGGACGUUCGAGCAGAGAAGAGGUGCAACACGAACAAGCUCUGCUCAACAAAAAGUCGGCAUAAGUCCUUGUUCGGGAUAAAAAAGAAUCAAAUUUUCAGAUGGAAAGCUCUGCUGGGGAAUCUCUGCAAUUACCGUGCACAGCUGAAUGCGGCUCUGGAAGUCCAUUCGUUCAACCGCGACGUUGAGGACACAGAUGACAGGAUUCACGAGAAGAUCGGCGCAAUGAGAAGCGAGGACUACGGAAAAGACUUCACGACGGUCGACAUGCUCGUUCGGAAACAAACCAACUUGGAGCGUGACAUGACGGCGAUCCAUCAGAAGCUCGUCACUCAUGAUAAAGUAUUUCGUGUCCCUAUCAUGGUUUUUCAAUCGAACCUUUCCAGGAUGCGCAGAAGAUUUUAGAGAAGCGGCCUCCGUUGAGAGAAAGCAUUCUCGAUUCUUUGAAGAAGUUGGAAGAAAGCUGGCGCGAGCUCAGCGAGUCUGCAGAAAUCAGAAACGAAAAGCUCAACCGAUCCUUCAAAUUCUACAAGUAUUUGGACGAUGUGAAGAAAGCUGACCAGUGGGCCACGCAGGUAUUGAGAUGAUCACGAAGUGAGGAGAAGUUCAUUGUGUCCUUGCAGGUCCGCAAUAAGAUGACCAGCUACCAGGCGCCCAAAGACAGCGCAGGAGCUGUGCGUCUUCUCGAAGAGCAUCACGUCAAAAAAGCGGAGAUCGACGGACGUCAAGAUGAGCUUCGCAAGCUUCACGAAGAAGGUCAAGCGCUCAUUGUGGAGCAGCCUGAUCACAAGUCGGAAGUUCAACGAGCCCACAAGCGUCUCCAAAACUCGGAGCAUCAACUAAGACAGACUUGGGAAGUUGAAAAGGUAAAGAAGAAGAAAUAUGCUGAGUUCUGAUUGAUUGAAAACUACUUCCAGGCGACUCUGCAACGUCUUUUCGAAUGGCUCCAGUGGUGUGACGAAUCACAGCAAUGCGAACAGUGGCUGGUAGACAAGGAGAACCAAUUGGCACGUGGAGAGUUGGGCGACACGACCGACACCGUCGAAAUGCUCAUCAAGUCGCACAACGCGUUCGAAGAGACCGUGAAGAAGCAGAGCGAGAAAAUGGACUUGCUUUCGAAGAAUGCCGACCUGCUGAUUAAGAAUGGAAACGACUACCGCGCCGACAUCGAAGCACGUCGCGACGACGUCUUCUCAAGAUACAACAACCUCCUUCAACUCUCGGCACAACGAAGGUCCAUGCUCGGAGACAGUAAACGCUACCACGAGUUCAUUCGUCAAUGCGGAGAGCUCAUCAUUUGGAUCACCGCCAAGCUCCAACUCGCCUACGACGAGUCGUUCCUCGAUCAGACCAAUCUGCGUGCAAAGCUUCAAAAGCACCUCGCUUUCGAUUCUGAACUGGUGGAGAAUGAGAAGCGUCUGUCUGCCGUUGAAGCACAAGGCGAACAGCUCGUCGUCGAAAAACACUUCAUGAGCGAACAAGUCAAAGCGCAACUCGUCGAACUCCGAUCUGGCUGGGAUGAGCUUCGUACGAAGUCUGCAUUAAAAACUCAACGGUUGCGCGAAGCUUACGAAGUGAACUCGCUGGAGCGAAAAAUUGAGGAUUUGGAGAAAUGGCUGGACAAGAUUGAGAGUGAACUCUCCUCGGACGACCACGGCCGAGAUCUGACUUCUGUCGACAUUCUCAUCAGAAAAUUGGAUACGCUGCAGGCUGAAAUAGCCGGUCGCUCGGAUGCGAUAGUCGAGAUAAUGAAGAAAGCUCGCGAACUUCGUGUUCAGGGAUCCCCCACUUCGGAGAAGUGCCUUAGACAGGCCGAAAACGCGGAGGCUCGCUAUGCGAAUCUCCAGGAACCUGUCCAGAUUCGUCGUGAGAACUUGCUAGACGCCCAGCGUUACUUCGAAUGGAGUGCGGCAGCUGAGGAAGACUUGGAAUGGCUGCGGGACAAAUUGCCCUUGGCGGCCAACCGUGAAACAGGCGACAGUCUGCAAGCUGCUUUGAGCCUUCAGAAGAAGCAUGUUGCCUUAGAAAAGGUUUGAAACUGUCAUAAAACAUGCAAGAGUAGGCUUGUUUUUUUUUUUCUAGGAGUUUGAAUCAAGACAGUCUGCAAUGCGCGACACGGAAAAGCGAGGUGUCGAGAUGAUCCGUCGGCGACACUUUGCCGCAGCCAACAUUCAAGCGAUUAUUGACCGACUGGCCAGCACUUCACUGUCGCUCAAAGAGUCUUGCAACGUUCGAACCUCGCGACUUCAGGUUUUUUUUCACAUGAAACUAGCGAAAUAGUCAGAUUUUUGUGAGAUACAAGAUGAAUGAUUGGUAAAUAUUUCUAUGAAAAAGAUUUAGGAGGCCAUUGACGCCCACCAAUACUACGCCGAGGCAGCUGAAGCAGAGCAGUGGAUUCGUGAACAGCUGCCGUUGGCGACAAGCCAAGAAACUGGACGAGAUCAGUCCGGCGCCGACAGCCACCUCCGCCGGCUCACUGUUCUUGACAAAGAAGUAGAGCAAUUCCGAAAUGAGAUUGAUCGCUUGAAGUCCAGGUGCGGAGAGAACAAGCGUUCAAUUGUUUUUCGAUCUCUAUUGCAGGUCAGACAGUCUUCUUACGCGGUCACACCAUGACUCGGCAAACAUCUCGGCUAAGCAACACCGAUUGGAAGUGGAGUUCGGCAACUUGUGCCAGGAAUGCAACCGACGUCGGACGCAACUCGUCGACGCCUCCAAGUACCACAAGUUCAUGCAACAGGCCGACGACCUUUCUGACUGGCUCCACGAGAAAGAGAGCAUCGCGUCAUCAGAAGACUACGGACGCGACUUGGAGCACUGCCAGCAACUCAUCGAAACGUUUGAAACGACGGUUCGCGAGCUUGCUGCCGCUGGCGAACGCGUAGCCGCCGUUCAGCGCAGUCUCGAAGAUUUGCUUCGCAGCGGUUCGUCAAAACGAGAUAAUUAUGUCACAGUAGUGUAGAUCUUGGCAGCGGGUGCAUCGUAUGGUUUCCGAAUACAUUCAAAUUGUACUUAGUCAUGUUUAAAAAAAUUCGAAACAAUUCAACUUCGAACAUCCUCCUCCAAUUCUUCAUUUUUUCAAAAUACUUCCUUGUUGGAAAGAUUGUUUUGACGUUGAGAAAAAGGCUGGUGGAAAUAAAAAAUUAUGUCGCUGUGUUUCAAACUUCAUACUUUCUGCCAAUACCUUUUUUUUAAGAUAAAGCUGAAAAUGGCAGUAAUUUUGUAGAAUUUGUAUAACUAGGACUUUUAUAGAUUACUUUCUUUUUUUUUCCGUUAAUGCUUUAAAUUGAAAUAAAACCAUGUAAUGAAUAAAAAGCUUUCUUCGAAAUUCUGUUUUCAGGUCAUCCCAAUGCAGCUUCAAUAACUGCCAAAGGUGCCGAUGUUCAGCGUCUGUGGACAAAUGUGAACGAGGUUGCCAAUGAGCGCAGACAAGCUUUGAACGGGGCUCGUCAAGUCCAUCGGUUUGACCAGGAGGCCGAUCAAACCCUCAACUGGCUUCAAGUACGUUGAGAACCGAGAAAAGUGACAUUGCAGAACGUUUUCAGGACAAAGAAGCUACGGGCGUCGCGAUGGAGCAGGAAGACUUGUCCCGUGCUGACCUCGCUUCGGUGAAGGCUCAACUCCAGAGACACGACGAGUUCAUGCACGGCAUGAAGGCCGUCGAGAAGCAAGUCUCCGAGUUGUGUCACGAGGCCGAACGCCUCUGGACGACGUUCCCCGACACGCGUCACCAUCUGGAGGUCCGCCGCCUCGAUAUGGAAGAACAGCUCAAGGACAUCCUCGAAGGCGCACGAAAACACUAUGAACGCCUGCAACACCUCGAGAGCCUCCAAUCAUACUUCCAAGUGAAUAUUAAAACUGGAAAAUCGGCACGAUCUCUCGGUUUAGGAGUACCGCGAGAUGAUGCAGUGGAUGAAGAGCAUGCAGGCGACGAUGACCACUGAGCAGCUUCCUCGCGACGUCGCCAGCUGCGAAGCGUUAGCUCGUCGACAUGAUGAAUACAACUUGGAGGUGCACUUUUUAUUCCGGAUGACUUGAACAUCAAAACGAUUGAAAUAGUUAAACUUAGAAACUUCAGUGUGGCCCCUGUAGGGGCAACUCUAGGGGGUCCAUUGAGGGUUUCACUCUAGGGACCACAAAGACUUGCAAAAAAGGUCCUAUUAGGGGUCUCUAGUUAGCGGUCCCUAUAGGGGACUCAAUAAAUUAGCAAAUUAGGCCAAUCAUCAAAAGACCCUAUAGGGACCACUUAAACUUCUAGGUCUCAGAGUCAGACACCAAACCUCUAUGAGAACCCUAAAUCUUACCCCUGCAGCCCUUUUAAUACCCAGUAGGGUUUUUUUUUCUCCCUAACCCCUAUAAAAGCCACUCUGGCGUUCCUGAGUAUGAAAUUGAGCAAAAAGGAAAAAUACCUCAAAAGAUAAUCCCAGUAGCGUAAGCCUCAACAAAUGGGGAAAUGAAAUUUUCUUCAUGUUUUAAAAAUGAAUACCUUUUUCUUUCAGAUGCAAGGUCGAAAACCACACAUUGAUGAGUUUGCUCGUCAUGGGCGGCGAAUGAUUCAGUCAAGCCAUGUUCUCUCGCAGGAAAUCCUUGAAAAGGUUGAUAAUCGCCAUUCAGAAGUACUUUGAUGGCCUGAUCUCUUCUAGGUCGAGGUCCUGGAGAAGUCCUGGUCUACACUCUGCGACAUUUGGAAAGAUCGAGCCGAGCUGUACGAGGAGAACAUGGACUGCCAAAAAUGGAAGCAAAACGCAACCCAAUUGGAGGGAUGGCUUUCGGAGCGCGAACGGCUUCUUGGUAUUCACACAAUUGACAAAUAGUAGAGUAAAAAGAUGUCAAUGCAAAAAAAAGUGCUUUAGAGAGAUGUUUUGGAUUUCCAAUAUUUCAGAUUCCUAAGAUGCAUUUUGAAAGAAAAACUUGAUUUUCAGUAAAAUAGAAAGUUGUCGGAUAAAUUUUAAGGAGAUUUAGGUGACGACUGGCGCUAUGUCGACUCUGUGGACACGGCAGACUCGCAGCUCCGCGAAUUCGACGAUUUCCUCGUGACCCUGGACGCGCAAAACGAGAAAUGCGAAAUGGUCAAGCGACUGACUCUCAUCGAACAGAACUUCAGCCGGCUGCGAAACAAAGAGGCAAGCCGCCCGGAAGCAGCAAAUCGAAUCGAAGAGGUCGUGUUUUAGGUGGAUCGACAUCGUAUUGCAGAAGAGGAGCAACGCCGCCGGGAAACUAUCAAAGUCGUCGAAAAAGGCAACAUUUUGGCCAAUCGGAGACAGGAACGCGAGCGACGCAAGACUCAGGUACGCUGAUUUCAUUUCCUCUCUUCAAAACGAAUUUAUCAAAUCUGAAGCAUUCUAUUGCAAUCAUUUAAGCCAAGUCGUUCAUUUUAAUAUUUAUAUUUAUGAAAAUUCAAGGGAAAGAUAUAAAGCGAUCAAAGAACGAAUAAAAGGAAAUUAUAUAUCGCGCGGCCGUUUAGAGUCUUACAGACGUUUAGAGCCAACAGAGUGUCUUAAAGUCGCAAAAUGAUUGAAUAUAAGGCCCAAGUAGAACCAUAAAUUUUUAACAGCUCGAAACUCUCUUCAAAAUCGAGAUUACUAGGAAAAGUUUUUCAAUACGCGAAUCAAUACGAAAUAUGCCAAAAAGAAAAACGCUAUUUCAAGCUUUUAAAGCGCCUCAAGCCGAAAAUCAAAUCUAUUGCAAGGAAUUUUUUUUGUUUUGGAAUCAUGAGGUCCUAAAGCACACUUCAGCAAAGUUUCAUCAAAAUUUCAACCGGGGGCUAAAAACGCUCGGCUUCCUUUUCUCAACCAUUUUUUGCAGGAAAUUUCCCUAUUGCGACCAAGCCAGAGCGGCGAAGAGUUUUCGACGCAAACUUUACCGCGAAAGUUGGAAAAGAAAGAAAGAAGCAAGACGACCGCUGAUAUCCGUAAUAUCGCUGUUUCUCGUUUGACCUACCAUACGUGUCCUGAUUUUACAGUUCCCUCGGUCCCGGUAGCUGAAAGGCUGAUCACCGGCACGCCGAUGUUGAAUAACGGCAGCGGACUCGAGGAAAUCCGCAAAACUCCAUCAUUCAACACUCGUCGCACGCAUUCGUUGCGCAAAACGAGCAAGUGGGAAGAUAUGGGAGCCAUCGACAUGCGCGGGUGAGUCAAGAAAAAACAGGAGAUCACAGCCGAUCACACGGGCAAGGGAAGGUUCAAUGAGUCCGGGAGGAGGUGGCUACCUUCAAAAAAACUUCAAAAGAAGGGAGAACUAGUAGAAAAAAAGAUCCGUUGGAAAACCACGAGCACGUUGGCGAGAUGACUCCCGAAGCGUUCUUGGAGAGAAUUGGCCGAGUUGCGCGCAACAACAAGAAGCUCUUCAGAUCUACCAUGAUUGAGCAGAGCCUUUUUGAUUUCUCUGAUGUCUGAAUAAAUGAAAAGGGAGGUGGUAUCGGAGAGAAUAGGAGUAAUUUUUGACAACAGGAGAUCUUAGUUUAUGAAAACUCAGAACGGCGGCUUCAAAAAAUGUUUUGCCCGUGUAUUGUCGAUUCACGGCUGACUUGAGCCCAUUUAAAAUAGCUCUGAAGCGAAAAAAUAAAGACAGUGGCUGGUUGGCGGAGAGCGCAGAAUCGCCACGAGUUGGAUAUAUAUAAAUCGUUGGUGAGAAGGAUUCUUGAAAACUGGACACCUAUUCUGAUUUUGCAAUAUUUUGGCUCCAGGUUCACAAAAGUAGGGAGACAUGCGAAAUGUGAUGAACUUAUCUAUUUUUCAAAAAUAUCCGUACGGAGGAGAAAAAAAAACCCCGCUUAAGAGGUUUUACAAAAACUAUUCAGAGAAGACACAAAGGUAACCGCUAAAAUUUUUGGUGGUCUAAUAGAGCUCCGUUCGCGGCGACUUGACAGUUUUCAAGUGUUCUCUCUAUUCUUUCAUAGCUGCGGUCAGAGAAACGUAUAAAUAGCGCGGCAACAUGAGAGGGUCGCCGAGUGACGAGGUUAACGCAGAGAAAAACAGCAGUUCAAGUAGCGAAAAACGAAGUUUAGUACCUUUAAACUUCCAAAGAGGUCACUAAAUUUUAGUCACUUUAGUGACCGUUCGGCUACCACAUUGGCACUAGAACGUCAAAACUUCAAAUACCACUAAAAUUUUCCCCAGUGAAGAUUUCAGAUUUGAAAAAAAAAAGGUUCCACUUUACCCAAUGUGUAUGGCUGAUUUCACUGAUAUCAAUAGAAAGCUUUCUUCAAUAUUUUCUUUAAGCUGAGUAAGAAUAUAAAAUAAAUUCAGUUCUCUUUCCUAUUUUUUAAAAUCUCUUUUUGCAGUUUCUUCGACCGCAAGCAAUGUAUGCAGAGCGGUGGAAAGCGUGCGACGAUCCGAUCUUGGAAGAAUUAUUACGGCAUCCUUUGCGGCCAGUUGCUGUGUUUCUUCAAAGACGAAUCGCAGUUCUACGAAAAUGUGGCCGCCGCACCUCCUGUAAACAUCUACGGCGCCCACUGCGAGCAGUACCCGGAAUACGUGAAGCGUAAGCACGCGUUCAGGUUUUUCCUAAAGGCUUUGUUGAUCUAUGUUUGGUUGAUUUUUUCAGAAUCCUCGCCCAGGACGCCUCAGAGUUUAUCUUUGCCUGUCCCGACGAACGUCAAAUGCUGGAAUGGGUGGCGAAAAUUCAGUUCCAUGCCGCUUUGGCUCCUAGUAAUCAGCUCAAGUCGUACUCUUUCAAUGGUGAGGUUCCCUCUUUCCCACAAUAACGUUACAAUUCGGCCGGGAAGAUCAAUUUCAGAGUGAAAAUUUAAGUCGAGGCAUUACUAAUAUUGUGCAGAAAAAUCUUACAAAAAAUAUUUUAUAGGUAGAGUAUUUCAAUAGAAUCAAUCGAGUCCAUCAGAAAAAUCAAAUAAUCUUUGUUCCUCACUCCUUGGAACACCGGCUGAUAAAGGAAUAUAGUAGCGGUCGUGUGUAUCUUGAGAAUCUUGAUUAAACGCAAAGCCAUUCUUCCCUUGCGGUCAGUAAUCAUAAUGUGCAGUUUUUUUCAUCGAGAAUGGCAUGUGAACCUUUUGUUUUUACUCUCGCUUUUUUUCUUAUUGAGGAUACGGGUUUUUUGAUUUUCGCAUGGCUUUUUUUCUGUUUUUAGCAGCGACAGAAGGCCUGCAAACGCCACCGAUCGCCCCACGCCGCUCCCUCGUCAGCAUCACCUCGACCCCACCGAGUAGAAUGUCGCAAAGCUCGUCGGACGUCAAUGAAAUCGACUAUAGUCGUGAGUUUGCAUGGUGCUCGAUUGAGUUUGUGGUAAACCUAAAUGGAAAACGAUUUGCUUGCCAAAAGAGAUGUCAAGAGUUCAAGGAGGGAUUUCAUCAAUAGUAUUUAUAUGGGAUAAAAACAGUUAUCAUCAGAUAGUUCUAUCGGGAAGGACAUUUCGAAAAGUGACGAAAACGGUUAGUUGGCCCAACUAGAAAUUUUUGAAUAUGCAUCGCUUUUUUUUUUGUUUUUUACCUUUCAGAAAGGUUUUUUUGCUCUUUUUGUAGUAAAGGAGGAUUUGUGGAUUUCUUUCAAGCUUAAAAAAAUGACUUAUUGACUACCUUUUUUGCCUAUUACUAGUCGUUUCCGAAUUUUAAAAAUUUCGAAAUCAGAGUAAAGUUGAACUUCAAUAAAAAAAAAAAUAGACCGAUUUUUUUGGUUCAACCCAUUUCCUUUUGUCUUUAGAUGGUUGUAACUCUUUUCCUCGUGGAUAUUCGGUAGAGCGCAACUGUGCUACUCUUCCACGAGGGCAUGCCACUAAGCCUUUCGGGGUCGAAGUCCAUCAAUCGGCGGCCUGUCUUUCCGUGUCCGAAAACGGCUUCUCGGCGAGUGCGACCAACAUGGUCGGCUCUCAAGGGCUUCUCCCGACGGUCGGCGGUACUUUGCGAAAAGUCGGCGUUGUCCGUCGAGCGAGCCGUCGCCAGUCGGUCUAUUCGGAAAGCGUUUAUGGAGAGAUUGGCGCCGAGCAGAGUAUCGAAAUCGAGGGUUAGCUGCACAGUCGACACAAUCCGAUGACUAACGUCCACAUCUCUUCUCGUUUUCCAUUUACUAAUCUUGACUUUUAUUUCAAUAACACUUACUUGUACUAAACUAACGGUAAAAUUGAAGUGAUUCGAAUUUCAAUUCAAUUUUUAUAAUUUCUCAGACACUUUUAACGCGAACUGAACGCUUCUUAUUUCGAGAAAACAUUAAAGAGGCGCGGAAAACGUUUAAGAGACAACUCACAUGUCCACGUUUAUUUAGUCUUCAUAGAAGAUUCUCCGCUGAACAGUGGAAUAAUGAAGAAUAGUUUUUCGGUUCGUGAAACUUUCUUUGAUCAAGAAUGGCUCGUAGAGCGUUACGUCUUUUUUUUGUAAUGGUAGAUAGACGAAAUUCGAGCAUUCCGGAAACCAGCUGUUCCAUGUGAGGUCACUAGAAAGCUCAAUAGGAACGCUAAUUCAACUGGACGGACAUGUUUGAUAGGAAGGCGACUGAAGUAAUUUUUUAAUAUAUGCACGGGAAAACUACUAUCAUUCCAUGGGAUUACAAUCACACUCGAAAAUUCUUAUUUUUAGAAUCUUCUAUUUUUUGCAUUUCGUAAAGGCCGAUUUCUUCGACGAUAAUUUAGUAACGGCACUUUGAUGUAUUUUUUUUUCUUUCCAUGAGAAAGGAAGCCCCAAUAAAAGCGCACCCUCAUUGUAUUUUAAUGUUUCGACAGAAGUUCACCCACUUGUUUCCAAUUUUCUCUCUCAUCCAAUUUCGAUUUGUGCCUGGAAUUUUUCUCACCCAAUGUGUUAGGAUAAUUGAAACCUCACAUUCAAGAAAUAUCAUUGUCAAAGAAGCAUGAAAGUGUACUUGUCAUAAUUUGUACUUUCAAAAUUAUAACGAAAUAAUUUUUCCUAACAAUUAAAAAUUUCUGAAGGCAGAGUGGGACUUGUGAGAGCAAAUUUCUGUUUUGACGCUCACGAAGUUUAUUUUUGUAUCCGUUUACACUUUUGAAGAGCCUCAUAUGUUCAACUUUAGGAUUUCUACGUUCGAAUCUAAGAAAUUAAGAGAGCUUUUAAAAUAAAAGAACGAGGUUUUUUUUAACCAGUGUCUCUUACUUUCGGGGUUCGAGCCUCCAAGGUUCGGACGUAGAAGAAUUUUUUUUUUUUGCUCGAAAGACCCACUGUGCUUUAAAAGGUUUAUUUUUGAACGGCGCAGCUCCUCAUUUGCAAAAUAUAAAUUUUCAGGAGAUACCUACGGUGCACGCACGUCUUCGCUUCACAAAGAUAUCCCAUCGGCAGCUGGACCAUUCACGGUUUUUCCUUUCCCACUCCCCUCUUCGAUUUUUGAUUUUGCAGGAGACGUUAAUCUAUUCUGAGCACGCGACCUCGUCGUAUCAGCCGCUAUCUUCGGAGUUCUCGACGCCUCAACGCCCAACGGAAACUUCAGAGUUCAUCUCCUGGGUCGAGAGCAACCAGCCCUACGAGCAGCGUCCGUCUUCGGGCAGCUUUUCCUCACCGAUAAGUGGUCUUCAAAAUGAAGAUACCGACUCUGUUAAAAGCUCGAGUAAGUCGAAGUAUUAAUGGUAUCCAUGAAAUUAUAAUUGAACCUAGUUCUAUUCAAAAGCUGUUUAGGCGCAGACUUGUUCUGCGCCAUUUGGGUUCAGGCUGGGUUGGUUAAAUUAGUGUUUUUCCAGUUUUUGAAGUACUAAUUAACGAAAUCGACGGUAUUGCAUAAGAAAACACGAACCAAAAAUGAAUCAAAAUGGUUGUUUUGAUGGCUUUAGACCCGUGACUAUUUUUGUUUACCUUCAUUCUACUAUUUGAAAACGUUAGAGUUUCAUGAUAGUUAUUAUUUCUUUAUUGCAGAAAAAAAGGGUUUCUCACUGUUUAAACGUGGCUCGAAAACUUCGAAAUAA